CAAACAGACAAACGUAGCAGAGUAGAGAUCGAAUCGGUCCAUUUUUAGCACUUUCAGCAACUGUAUGCUAGUGCAACUCUAAAGCAAACUUUGUUCAUUAAAUUUGAAUAUGUAUUAAUAAUAUACAGUUUCUAGUGCUAUUCAAUAAGACGCUGGGUAUUACACAUAGGAAAUACCAGAAGUCUUUCUCCGCGAGGCCUGUGAUAUGAAUGAAACCUCAUGUUGGGUUUAACAGCAACACAUCUGUGAACUAGCACCAUUUAGCCAGUUAACGUUAGCUGCUGCAGGCUGGCUGAAUUGAUGACUUGGCCUGUUGAUUUUUUGUUAUUUGUUGCUCUUGGGUUGUUACACGCUCAGCCGCUCCUCUGCUAUCAGGAGAUCUUCCCAUUAUCCUCAUGGAUUUGAAUUUUUAUUCGGAUCUCUCUGACGGGACUGGUCAACAUGUUGAUUCCGAGUUCAUGGAAAACUCGUCUUACAAUGGAUAUGAUCCAGUGAACAAGUUCGCAGGUGGCAAUGAUUCAUACCUGACCAUCAGUGGACCUGGUCAUCAUUGGUCAUCUGAGGUAGUGCUACACAAACCUCAAAAAACAUUCCAUACACCCUGUUUGGGUGAUGAAGAGUUUGAAAUCCCACCGAUCUCCUUGGAUCCAGAUUCUGCGCUCACCAUUGAGGAUGUGGAAGCCCAUUUCGGAGAGCUGGCUGAACAGGCUGAGACCUCAGGUGCUUCUGGAGUUGGAAAUAGUCUUGCCAGGAAUCCUGUGGUAGGGGGGAAUGAUCCCUCUUUUGCUUCUGCGUUCAUGAAUCCAUCAUCUCAGGGCAUAGAGCACCUGAGUAUGGGUGUGAUUAACCAGUCGGGGGGGAGUGCACUACUGAGCUCAACUCUGGGUGUGGAUCUUGGACAUUCAGUUGGCUCCCAUUUCACCAAUUCCUCUUCCAUGACUAUUGACGUUCCAAUAAACGACAUGAACCACAGUCUCUUAGGACACAGCCAGCUCACCACCAUAGACCAUUCAGAUCUAAGUGCUCAGUUAGGGCUCAGCCUUGGUGGUGGAGCCAGUGUGUCAAAGUCUCCUGACCAACCGCUGUCAACCACACCAUCCCCUGCUGGCUCGUUGCAGGAUGAAGACAUGGAGGAUUUCAGACAAAAAACUAUGCUGGUGGACCCAUCCUCAGCCUCUCCGGCGAUCGUUUCGCACAUCCCCAACUUGACUGGUUCCGCCCAGCUCUCCUCUGCUCCUCUAGCUGUGGUGAGGAGGGUGGGUGGUAAGCCGGCCAUGGUGCCUCUGACCGCAGCGGACACAGGAGCAACACUCGGAGGCAAAAAAGGAAAAAAGAAGAAAGAUCCUAAUGAACCACAGAAGCCAGUGUCAGCCUAUGCUCUGUUCUUCAGAGACACCCAGGCAGCCAUUAAAGGCCAGAACCCCAAUGCCACAUUCGGUGAGGUGUCAAAGAUAGUGGCGUCCAUGUGGGACAGCCUUGGAGAGGAGCAAAAACAGGUUUACAAAAGGAAAACGGAGGCAGCCAAAAAAGAGUAUCUGAAAGCGUUAGCAACCUACAGAGCAAAUCAACUGUCAAAAUCAUCUACUGAGGUGGAGGAUAGCGCUCCUUCUACUCCUCCCUCUGUCCCCUGUCCCACACCCGUCACUCCUGCUGCCCCUGCCCGUCCACGGCUGACGCCCAUCCCUGAGCAGAACACCAUCACCAACAUCUGCGCCUCCAAUAUCAUCCUCGACGGGCCUCAAGUCACUACCCGUUCCCGCACGGGCUCUCUACCCCUAGCCAUCAGCCAGCCCCCGACGCCCACUGUCACAAAAAUCAUCAUCUCCAAACAGAUGUUGCAGGGAGGUUCUCAGAUCCACCAGAUCCCCACGUCCAUGGUGACGGUGAUUCCGGCUGGAUUGCGAGCUGUUCAGCCAGCUGCUGCCGGACGACAGCCUCCACCACUGCAGCAGAUGCAGGGCACCCCACCUCCUCCACGUCUGCAGCAGAUGGUACAAACACAAGCCCCGCCUCCGCUUCAGGCCAAGCCCCGUGGAGGGGCAGGAGGUUCCGUGGCUGUCACGGCUACACCACCUCCACCUCUUCAGAUUAAGAUUGUGCCAGCUUCUUUACACUCUGACCUCUGCACACCGAUUAUUGUUACUACAGCUACAAGUGCUAAUCCUGUUAUUGCCUCAAGCACCAUCUCAGCCUCAGCACAUCCCGCCCCUGUUGAGGUGCAAGUUGAAGAGCCCAGAGAGGAGUUGGUCACUGGGACAGAUGAGGCUGUGACAGAGGAACCUGAAGAGAUGGAGAUGGAGGUAAGUGUUGCUCCUGAGACCUCCUCUUCAGCUCCUCCUACAAAUCUCUGUGUCCGUGCUGGAUGUACAAACCCUGCCGUGGAGAGUCGAGACUGGGAUAAAGAGUAUUGCAGCAAUGAAUGUGUGGCAACCCACUGCAGGGAUAUUUUUAUGGCCUGGUGUUCAAUCAAGAGCCAGAACUCAGCCACCGUCAAAUAAAUGAAAAUCCUCCUGUUUCUGGGCCUUAAUAUGCCUGGAUGUGUCUUUUUUUUUUAUGCGAACACAACAGAAUUUUACUGGAUUUCUGAGUGAAGGUGUAGUGUUUUGUUGUAAAUAGCUUAUGCAUGAAAAAAAAGCAGUGGGAAAAAUCACUCUGUUGAAAAUGUCUUUGUUACAACUGUUGGAAGUAGUAGUGAACAUACUGUAAACCCCAACUUGUUUGUUUUCCCACAUUGAAAUUGUCAGAAAAGGACCUAUGUGAUUGUAGUACUUUGUUUGGGCCACAUUUUUUUCAUUCUGUUUUGGUCGUGAUUUAUUUUUUUAUGUGUGAUUUCUAGUGAUUUGUGUGAAAGUGGGACAAAAUCCAAACCUUUGUAUUAUUUUCAAAUAUAGUAGUUUUGAUUAUGAUGAAAAAAUUGAGUGUUAGUGAAUCUCAAGUCAUACAAUCAUUCUGAAAUGCUAUUAUUUUUUGUUUAAUGCAAUUUCCUCUUGUACAGACAGUAUCUUAGAUCAGUGUUCAGAAGUGCUCUCAUGUCAAAUCUUUUUGCCUUAGUUAUGGGGUUUUGCUGACUUUUUUUUUUAGAUUGUGUUACAGAAAUUAUUCAAGUAUUAAUAAAAGGCAGCCAAAAUGG